AGGGAGAGAGGGAGUUGUGUAAUCUGUCCAUUUUGUGUCUCCUGUCUCCCUCUUCUAUCUCCCCCCACUGGCCCCCUGGCUGCCAGGCGUCACACCAGUUUAUAAUAAGGACACAAAAAAAGUUGUCGAGUGAACGGGCUGAAAGAGAAAAAACGGAGUCCUUCCCACUCUCCUAAAAUCACGGGGAGUGACUGUGACAGGAGGAAGGGGACAGAGAGAGUGAGAGAGCUGAAGAAGCCCUCGCAGGACUUCAUCAGAAUUUCUUUCAGGACUGCACGGACCGGAACGGACCACUAACCGAUCACUAAACCUGGACUGAUAAUCAAUAGCGGUGAUUAGUCGCGGAGUGAGAACUGUUGUGGGAGACUCUUGGAGGAGCAUGCGGCUCGGUUUACUAUUCAGGCUCUAUGUGCUGUGGGGCUUUGUGGUGGUCUCGACCUCCGUGACCAAGGCAGCCAAGAAGAAGGUGGCAGGCAGACGGUCCAGACAGGUGUUUGAGGCGGAGCCUGUGGAGGGGGUGUGGUCUGUCUGGGAGGAGUGGUCUGACUGCUCUCAGACCUGCGGCGUGGGCGUCUCACAAAGGACCAGGAAGUGUUUACCUCCUCCUCCUCCACCUCCCCAAACCCCUCCCCUCUCCCACUCGCCACCUAACUGGGCAGGUUAUUUGCCCGGGGGCAUCGGAGGUCCUGUCAUCUCACCUGUACGCCCCUACUACCCUACUCGUUACCCCGGGCAACACCAGCCUUAUCAACAGUCCCCGUCGAUUUCCACCAAUCACAACCAAGGUUUGUCUCUGUAUCGGAAUACCAAUGCAGGGGGAGAAGGAGGAGGAGGAGGAGGAGGAGGAGCUCCUGUCCCGGGACAGGCCAAUCCAAACCCUCCUUUUUACCAGCCAGGAGUCUCCCCAAACAAUCAAGAACAUGUGUCCAUUUACCGAUCGCCCUACAGCGCUCCUUCACACAUUUACAAUCAGCCAGCACGCACGAUCAGGAGGCCGACCAAUCCAUUAGCAGCAAGGGCUGCAGGAGGCGGGAGCAGAAGGUCAAUUUCCCCCAAUCGGGAGGGUUUGCCUACGAGGAGGUCUUCCGGCAUCCGUCCAGGUCAGUUUGGGUAUGGCAGGGUCCCGUUCUCUCUGCCUCUGCAUCGUCCCAACCGGCAGGCUCGGCACACUGUUAAUGGCACUGACGCUGAAACAUCACCUGGACUCGUUGAAGACGAAGCAGAGAAUGAAAGGAAAGAGGAAGAGAAGACGGGGAGUGUUGGAGAAGAUAUGGAGGCAGGGAGGCAUGAGGUGGAGGAGAGCACUGAGACGCCUGCUGCUGAGGAGUUUCCCACAACAGCCACUGCAACUGGCAACCCACCCCGCCACGUUGACCGACCCCCACAAACUGAUACUGAGCACGGGAGGGCAAGAGAGCAAGCCCAAUCCUCGCACUCCUUCUCACGCUCCUCAUCUCAGCCCAACCGCCACCGAUUCGACUGGCACUCCCUCACUGCACCAUCUCCUCCCAUCCAUCCUCUCUCCCGCCCAAAUUCCCCUGCCCUCACUUCACCUUUUUCCUCACCUCUCCACCGCUCCAGCCCCAUGCACAGAGACAGGGAGCUCCACCCAGGCUUCAUCCCACACACCCCACCAGCCAGCGACAUCUACUCACUACAGCACCCUACCAUCCCGCACCUGGGUGUGGAAUCAGGCAGGGAUGGGGGAAGAGGAGUUCCUCAGGUCCACAGAUGCUCUGGGCCGGAGAAGGAGUACCGUAGGUGCUUCUCACAGGUUUGUGGAGGAGGUGUGUUGGACUCCAGAGCAGAGCAGUGUGCAGCCUUUAACACCCAGGAGUUCAUGGGUCGCCUCUACAACUGGGAACCUUUCAGUGAGGUUGGUGUGGAGAAACAGUGCGAGCUGACCUGCAGACCUGCCGGCUAUCGCUUCUAUGUCCGCCAGGCCGAACGUGUCAGAGACGGGACCCCCUGCUUCAACUUCAGCUCCAACGACGUGUGUGUAGAAGGACAAUGUCUGACCGAGGGUUGCGAUGGGGUACUGGGCUCCGGCUCUGUGAUUGACAAGUGUGGAGUGUGUGGUGGGCGGGAAAACUCCUGUCGAAAGGUGACGGGAAGCUUCCAAAAUGUCACGGUUCCCCUUGGUUACCACAAGAUCCUGGACAUCCCGCCCGGAGCUACAUUCAUUAACAUCACGGAGAGACGAGCCAGCCCUAAUUACCUGGCCAUGAGGAGUGGCACAGGGGCUUCAGUGGUGAACGGGCGGUGGGCUGUGGACCCUCCUGGGGAGUACCAGGCAGGAGGGACUACCUUCACUUACACCCGACCUAGAGCACAGGCGGAGGGGGAGGAAGAGAAAGGCGAGUCCCUCAGGGCUCCAGGACCCACCACCACACAGCUACAGCUAUAUAUCAUUUUCCACAAGGAGAACCCGGGCAUCAACUAUGAGUUUUAUGUCCCCGUAGAGAGGGAGGUAGAGAGGGAGAGGCCGACAGAGAGAGAGAGGGAGACACCCAGAGAGAGGCCGAGGGAUCGAGGGCCAGGGAGGUCACCCCUUCGCAGUCCUCUCACUGUGUCAGUAGAAGACCCUCCUCCUGCUCCUCCUCCUAUUUCGGUCCCUUCUUUCCCCUCCUCCUCCUCCACCUCUGUGUUCUCUCCCCCCUCCUCGGACCGAUGGACACCUGAGAGGUCACGUUCUCGAGGCUCUGCACCCAAUAGGAAUGCUCGGAUCCCCCCUCGCACUGACCUGCCACCGGACACACAGCCACCGUUUGUGUGGAGAAGAGGAGGACUCACAGAGUGUUCUGCUUCCUGUGGCAAAGGCUAUCAGAACAGAGUCAUUCUGUGUAUAAACCGCCAUACAGACGAAGAAGUCCCAGAGAGGAAGUGUGACUCUGCAGCCAAGCCGGGUCCUGAGGAGGAGCCGUGUAACACACAUCCCUGCCCACCGUUCUGGGAGGCCAGUUCAUGGUCAGAGUGCAGUGUGUCCUGUGGCCCUGGUGUGCAGCAGAGGCAGCUCCAGUGCAGGCAGAGCUUUGGGAACCGCUCCACCAUGGUUCACCCGCAGCGCUGUGCCAACCUUACGCCACUAGAGUCCACACAGAAGUGUCAGCUCGGCCUCUGCUCCCACUGGGAGGUCGGCUCAGACUGGAGUACGUGCUCAGUGGACUGUGGAGUUGGGAGGAGGACGAGGAGUGUGCGUUGCAUCAGCGAUCAAGGCAGCGUGGUGAACGAAAAGGAGUGCAACUCCAGGGCUCGCCCACAAGGAAGUGAGGAGUGCAACAUGGGCCCCUGUGUAACCAACUGGUACUUCACUGACUGGUCCAACACUUGUUCGGCGCAGUGUGGCCCCGGGGUGCAGAGGAGGGAGGUGUUGUGUCUGACUCGAGGAGGGGUCAGAGAGGGUGGAGGAGGAGGAGACUGUGUUGGGGAAAAACCGGCAGAGAUGAAGGCCUGCAACGGAGGUCCCUGUGUGCCAACAACCAUGUGGUACAGCAGCCCCUGGACACAGUGUAAUGUCCCCUGUGGGAAUGGAACUCAGCGACGAGACAUCAUUUGUGUCCAGAAGAUGGGGAAUGAUUUUACUGUCACGCCAGCCAGUCAGUGUGCUCAUCUGGACAAACCUGCCGCAGUCCAAGAGUGUGAGAUGGAAGAGUGUGAGCCACAGUGGUUCACAACAGAGUGGAGCGCGUGCUCACGUUCUUGUGGAAAAGGUUUACAAAUGCGGGAGGUACGCUGUCUAACACCAGACAAAAAACACAGCCAUGAAUGUGAUUUCAACACCAAACCUGAACAGGAGCAAAUCUGCAACACAAUACCCUGCAGUCCACAAGUCACAGAUGAAAACUGCCGGGACAGACGUCACAACUGUGUGAUGGUGGUUCAGGCCAGGCUGUGCGUCUACUCCUACUACAAGACUGCCUGCUGUGCCUCGUGUACCCAAAGUGCUCAGCGUGCCAAGAGGCACUGACCAGCCAAUCACACAGGCAGCACAGGUGUGCAAUAAAUUAAGGAUUAAGUCAAAAGGGCUGAAAUGAGAAGUCUGUAGAAAUGGACAGCCCAGAGUAGACAUAAUCCUUGUGGUGGCUGUCAGAUAACAUUUAGCUAUUUUCUCCUGAUUCUUCCGGUAAAUAACUGUGAAAGCAGCCAGGUCCUUUUUCCAGUUCUCUGUAUACGACUUUAGAACCACAUAUUCCACUGAGAUUGCAUCUGUUUACUUUGUGCGUUAGCUUUAACAGGUUCAUAAUGUGUCACAAAGGGCUGAGUGAUGCAUUUGCUGUGAUUUCAACUCUUGGAGGCUGAUUUCUAAGGCUGAGAGAUUAUAAUGGAAGGUGCUCACUGAGGACACAGCUGUGUUUCAACAGCAAAUUUAGGCUUUUUUUGAAGAUUCUCUUUAAUCUACAGGAUCUUAAAACAGAUGUAAUCAGACAUGCAUACCACUAAUUAUGCAAAGAAACGUGCUGAACAAAUAAUUACCAUGGGUGCUAGAUAAACUGUGUAUACUGUAGUACUACUUGUGCUGAAGAUCUACUGGAAUAGAUCAACUGUGUUUCUGUACACUGCAGACCCCCAACUAAGCUAGAAGGAUUUAAUUAACAUAUCGUUCAUCUUUUUUCUGUUUGCCAAAAAUAUUUCUACAAGUGUCCUCUUAUUGUUCAGUUCAGUAUUUGGACAGAUGAACCAAAGGAGUGGGGUGACCAUGGCAGUUAGUGACCAAAUAUAUCAGAGCGUGAAUAAGUGAGAUUCUUCCUAAACAAGGAUUAUUAGACAUGGAUGUUAAACAAGCAGCACAGAGUCUGUACGGUCCUAUUCAUGUCAGUUUCAUACAUGUAGGUCUUUUUGAAGAGAGCUGUUUGAGUUGUGUUAAAAUCCACAGCUAAGGUGUCAUAGUUGCAGUUAUGUUCUUA